AUGGCACUUCUGCAAUUCACACGAUUCACAACUACGGUCGUUGCAAUCUUUCUAAUUCUCUCCAGCGCUUCCGCCAGUGUCUCAGACACCCCUGGUCCGGUUGUGAAGACGAAGUAUGGGCCGCUCCAAGGUGUGUCCGUUCCGCAGGGGUCCGUUUUCCUGGGCAUACCCUUCGCCGCCCCACCUGUAGGGGACCUUCGGUGGCAGCCUCCACUGCCGCCGGCUGCUUGGGCGCCCGGCACGUUUAACGCCACAGCGUUCAGCGCUGCGUGUAUUCCUCACACAGGUACCAUUGAUCCCUUUCCUCACGGCACGAGGACGCCGGCCCUGGGCAAUGGUACCAGCGAGGACUGCCUGUACCUUAACGUCUUCACACCUGCCAUCGCUAAACCUGGGGGUAAGCUACCGGUGAUCUUCUGGAUACAUGGUGGUAAUUUCUUCCAAGGAUCUGCAAUGGAUUUUCUCUACGACGGAAGGUUCUUGGCGAAUAAGACUAUUGUAGUGGCAGCCAACUACAGACUGAGCGCCUUGGGUUUCCUGGUGGCGGGGCAGGGGGAGGGCGCGGCGACUGGGAACUACGGCAUUCUGGAUCAGAUAGCGGCUUUACAGUGGGUCCAGGACAACAUCGCAGAGUUCGGCGGGGACAGAGAUCGGGUCACGAUAUUUGGACAGAGUGCGGGGGCGUACUCGGUUCUUCUUCAUAUGACAUGCAAAAAGAGCGACCACCUGUUCCACAGAGCCAUCGCCUCCAGCCCCCCUCCCACACUGUACUUCAGAACUGCCCUGGAGGCAAGGGUUUUGGGAGAUGAUUUUUCCCGUCUGCUGAACUGUACUGCGGGAGACAUGGACUGUAUGAGAUCGGCCUCGGCGUCGCAGGUAGCGCAGGCCCAGAACGCCGCUGGGACGAAGGUGGUAAAUCCGUUCCGACUGAUAGAACUGUUAGAACCCUGGGGUCCUACCAUAGAUGGAGACCUCGUCCGGGGCCAAGUCAUGGACCUCCUUUCAAAUGGAGAGUACCAACAGAAGCCUGUCAUCAUUGGGUCUACAACAGAAGAAGCAAUCCUGCUUGUGUACGAUGGUACAGCGAAACCACUGUCGACAUUGGAGUACGAAGCCAUCGUAUACGGGCUGUUCCUGACCAACGCGCCGGCGGUGCUCCGCAGGUACCCGCCGUCCCACUCCGGGGAUGAGCGCCCGGUCGCUUCCCUUCUGCUAACGCACUACCUCUUCUCCUGCCCGAUCCGCCACGUUCAGCGCAGGGUAGCUGAAAACGGCACAGCAGACAUUUGGUCUUACGUCUUCGCUCACCCGCUGAUUAAGAGAGGCGGGUGGAGCCGGAACUAUACUUUCUGCGAGGGCCACGUUUGCCACGGCACAGACUUGUUCUUCACGUUCCGGGCGCUGCGACUGAGAGGAUACUAUUUGACACAUGACGAAAAGAAGUUGGCUGACUCCAUGGCAUAUUACUAUGGCAACCUGGCUCACUCAGGAGACCCAAACCGACCCGCCACACAUCCAUAUAAAGACGUUACUGGAGAUGUUCUUCGCUGGCCGCCGUUCUCGGCCUCAGACAACUUCACGGGCGUACGAUUUGACGAUCCACUGAAUAGCCUGGAGCGGGGCUAUUUGGAGGAAACGUGCGGUUUCUGGGACAGGAUCAAUCCGUACCCGUAAAGAAUGCAUUUGUUU